UAUUUGUUCUUUUAGUCUAUGAUCAUUGCACAAUUGUUCGAUUUCGGUCUGCCGUUUUAGGUUAGAAUUUUUUUAUCGAAAAGGUAUUGAAAUUUAUUAAUAUUAUACGUGUUGAAACAGCCUUAACAUGGCACAAAGUAAGCUUAACGAUAUGGCGGGCAAAUUCGCCAAGGGUGGACCCCCUGGACUCAACGCCGGCCUCAAAGUGGUCGCCGUUGUAGGUGCGGCAGCCUAUGGCAUCUCGCAAUCCUUGUUUACGGUUGAGGGUGGUCAUCGUGCCAUCAUGUUCAACAGAAUAGGAGGAAUUCAGCAACACGUCAUGAGCGAGGGUAUGCACUUCCGUAUACCUUGGUUCCAGUACCCUAUCAUUUAUGACAUUAGGUCCAGACCUCGCAAGAUUUCAUCACCCACCGGGUCUAAGGAUUUACAAAUGGUCAACAUUUCUUUGAGAGUACUCUCCCGUCCUGAUGCGAGCUCAUUGCCUACAAUGUACAGACAGCUUGGCACUGAUUAUGAUGAGAAGGUGCUGCCAUCAAUUUGCAAUGAAGUAUUAAAAUCUGUUGUUGCGAAGUUCAAUGCUUCACAGCUCAUCACUCAGCGUCAGCAGGUGUCUCUUCUGAUCAGGAGAGAGUUGGUGGAACGAGCAGCCGAUUUCAAUAUUAUACUGGAUGACGUCUCUCUGACUGAACUGAGCUUUGGUAAAGAGUACACUGCUGCUGUUGAGGCUAAACAAGUUGCUCAGCAGGAAGCUCAGCGAGCUGCUUUCGUUGUGGAAAGAGCCAAGCAGGAGCGUCAGCAGAAGAUUGUUCAAGCUGAGGGUGAAGCUGAAGCCGCUGAAAUGUUGGGAAAAGCUAUGGGUAUGAACCCUGGUUACUUGAAGCUGCGUAAGAUCCGUGCCGCUCAGAGCAUUUCCAGAAUGAUUGCCCAGUCACAAAACCGUGUCUUCUUGCCUGGCAACAGCUUGAUGAUCAACCUCCAGGACCCCACCUUCGACGACUUGUCUGAGAAACUGACUAAGAAGAAGUAACACGAGGCUCAGAGUGUGUACGCUGAAAGCCUGGAGCCUGCGACCACUCUUACAGAUGUUGAUGCUGCUGUUCUUAUAGGUGGUGUUGCUUCAGUUGUCGUUUAGUGCAUUUGUUUGUGUAGGUACCAUGAGCAUUACAAAUAAUACUAUGUAAAACAGCCAGUUAAAAAUGUAAUAUUGCAUUUUACGUUAUUUAGUUGUAGGUCUAUAGUAUGUAUGGGAAUCUAAUGAUUUAAAUAAAACAUUCAAAAUUAUAAAAA